UUCUACUGCUUAUUUUUUUCCUGGAUCUUACACGAUAGCAUCUUUGCUACGUCUCCUUGAUUUAUAGGGUUUUUCCUAUCUAUUUCUUCGACAGGUUCUCUCUUUCUUUCUGUAUUUGCGCGGACAGAUUUACUUGGUUUGUGGUUAAAAAAAGGCUAGAGGUUUCAAUUUCGGCUAUAAAUUUAAGUUUGGUCUCAAAAAGGGAAUUGCUUUAAGAUUGUUGAGGAUUCAGAAGUAAAUAUAUUUAUCUUUUUCUUUGGAGAAAAGGGAUUUGCUAUUGGAGUUUGUGUGUUGUGUAUUGUGAUGAGUACUCGAACUUCAUGGGCCGAUUUGGCUGCAAAUUCUGCAGCUGAGAACACAGUGGCAGGUUCUUCUGCUAACAAUGGAAGUGUAGGCACAACUUCUGCAGCUCCUCCUCGAUCCACCUAUGUCCCUCCACACCUCCGUAAUCGUAUGCCCUCUUCGGACCCACCAGCUCCAGCUUACAGUGGGCCUGCAACAAGUAAUGAUCGUCCGGGAUAUGGUGGAUCCCGUUGGGGGGCUCCCAGAAAUGACUAUAGAGGUGGUAGAAGUGGUGGUUGGGGAAACAGAAGUGGUGGUUGGGUUCGUGGGAGGGAGCCGGAGGUGAACCCAUUCGCUGAUGAUGACGACACAGAGGAGGCAUUUACUGAGCAAGAGAACACUGGUAUUAACUUUGAUGCAUAUGAGGAUAUUCCAGUCGAGACAAGUGGGGAAAAUGUCCCUCCACCUGUAAACACCUUUGCAGAGAUUGACUUGGGUGAAGCAUUGAAUCAGAACAUCCGCAGGUGCAAGUAUGUGAAACCAACACCUGUUCAACGACAUGCCAUCCCAAUCUCUCUUGGAGGCCGGGAUCUGAUGGCAUGUGCUCAGACUGGUUCUGGCAAGACUGCAGCUUUCUGUUUCCCAAUUAUUAGUGGAAUUAUGAAAAUGCAAGGGCAGAGUGCACAGAGGCCACCGCGUGGUGCACGUGCAGUGUACCCUUUAGCUCUUAUUCUUUCUCCAACAAGGGAGCUCUCGAUGCAGAUACAUGAGGAAGCAAGGAAAUUCUCCUAUCAAACAGGUGUUAAGGUAGUUGUUGCUUAUGGAGGAGCACCAAUUAAUCAACAGCUGCGUGAACUGGAGAGAGGUGUUGAUAUUAUUGUAGCAACCCCAGGAAGACUGGUAGAUUUGUUGGAGAGAGCUAGAGUUUCGUUACAGAUGGUCAAGUAUUUGGCCCUAGAUGAAGCAGAUAGAAUGUUGGAUAUGGGUUUUGAGCCACAAAUAAGAAAAAUUGUGGAGCAAAAUGAUAUGCCUCGACCAGGUGCAAGACAAACGAUGUUGUUCAGUGCUACCUUUCCAAGGGAGAUACAGAGACUAGCUUCUGAUUUCUUGUACAAUUAUAUCUUUUUGGCUGUUGGACGAGUGGGCUCAAGUACUGAUUUAAUUGUCCAAAGAGUUGAAUUUGUUCAUGAGUCUGACAAAAGAAGUCACCUUAUGGACCUUCUUCAUGCACAAAGGGCAAAUGGUGUUCAGGGCAGGCAAGCUUUAACAUUAGUUUUUGUGGAGACAAAGAAGGGUGCUGAUUCACUUGAACAUUGGUUAUGCGUUAAUGGAUUCCCUGCUACUAGUAUACAUGGCGAUAGAACACAACAGGAAAGAGAACAGGCAUUGCGAUCAUUUAGAAGUGGUAACACCCCAAUCUUGGUAGCAACUGAUGUUGCAGCUCGUGGACUUGAUAUCCCUCAUGUGGCACAUGUAGUCAACUUUGAUUUCCCAAAUGAUAUUGAUGAUUAUGUCCAUCGGAUUGGACGAACAGGACGAGCAGGGAAAACUGGUCUUGCAACUGCCUUCUUCAAUGAGGGUAAUGCAUCAUUGGCAAGGUCUCUAGCUGAUUUAAUGCAAGAAUCAAACCAAGAAGUACCUGCUUGGCUCUCUCGUUAUGCAGCUCGUUCUUCUUAUGGUGGAGGAAGGAACCGUCGUUCUGGAGGAGGCAGAUUUGGUGGCCGUGAUUUUCGAAGGGAUUCUUCAUUCAGCAGAGGCAGUUCAGAUUAUUAUGGUGGAGCAAACACCAGCAGUGGACAUGGGGCUUCUGGUGGAUAUGGAGGAUAUGGUUCAGGGAUGACCAGUGCAUGGGAUUAAUGACGGAACUUGCUUACAGUGCUUGGUGUCUAGUGGUUGUGGACUGUCCCCUAAGUUAUACUGGUGGAGUGAGUUUUUUUCUCUUUUUUGGUUAGUAAGUGUUUUAGCCAUCUUUUGUUUACUAUACUUUUAGAAGUUGUUAUCAUUGAAGAGGGGAUGUAAGUUCGGGGUUGGGCUGCUGGAAUAGAAUUGUAUAAUGUUGGUAGGCUUCAGUGAAAAAGUUCUAAUAAAGUAGGAAUUGCUUGGUGCUCUUCUUCUUCUUUUUAA